GCUCCGUGGCAUGUGGGAUCUUCCCGGCCCAGGACUUGAACCUGUGUUUCCUGCAUUGGCAGGCGGAUUCUUAACCACUGCACCACCAGGGAAGUCGCAUACUGCCUGAUUUGAAUCCUGCCGUGCCAGCUGUGAGCUGUGUGCCUCUGAGCAAGUUACUCAACUCACCUCAGUUUAUCUUUAAUAUCUGCCUGUGUAGGUUUGUUGUGAGAAGUAGAUGUAGUUAAAAUAGUGCCUGCCAAAUGCAAUGAAUAACAGUAUUAUCAUUAGUCCUAGUGAGGGAGGACUUUCCUUUCUUUCCUCUUAUCUUCUGGGUCCCUCCUUCAUUCUUCAUCAUCUUCAACAAUCACUUCUUCAGUGAAGCUUUCCCUCACUUGGCCAGGUUCCCCAAUUUCUGGCCCUCCAUAGAACUAUGUUCCUCUCCUUAUAAGCCCUUUAUAGACUUGUAGUUUUACUUUUCCUGGAUUUAGAUGUGUAUUCCCCAUCAAGAUUGGAUUGAAAUUGUUUGAAUAGGUCACAGAGUCAUGUGGUUCAAAACUUAAAACUAUAUAAAAAGGUGCAUUGAUGAGUCUCACUUUUCCCCUGUUCUCAGUUUGUUUUCCCUUGACCUUCUGGCUCCCACAGGUAAGUUUUAUUGUGUCUCCCUCCAGUGUGUGUGUGUGUGUUUUUGGCAGUACAAGCAAGUAGAUACUACUUUUUGUCCCUUUUUUCAAAAAGCAGCACAUAUAUACAUUCUCUUGCACCUUUGCUGUAUUUAAUUUUCACUGAGCAGCAUAGAACCUUGACGAAGAGAAUACUGUAUCUUGCAAGCCAAAUUCAGUUAUUCAUUUAAUAGUCCGUUAUUGAAAACUUCUGUUCAACUUUUUGUUCUGAGCACAGUGGAUACAAAAAUAUUACAGAGUUUCUGUCUGAGGAACUCAUAGUACAUUUUGGAGGGCAGUCAAAUUAGCAUAUUAUGAUGGUCUAGAAAGAUAAAUGAUCCUCAGUCAUCCCUUGUAUAGACAUGUUUUCUCUAUUGGAUACCUUUUUAUACUUCCUAUCGUUAGCACCACGAUACAGCUGCAAUUUUAUAUUUAAUAAUAACUGUAUUAUUGUUUUUGAGACUGACCUGGAAGGUGUCCAAGAAUGCUAUCCGAAGAAGUGACAUCUAAGAUGACUCAUGAAAGAACAGCCAUAGUAACUAAUAUUCUCUCAUUGUUUCUUGUGUGCCAAAGACUUCAAUGGAGGGAAAGUAUUUGCAAAUUCCUGGUAGCAUAUGAGACCACAGGGCAUUGGGAAGUGGAAGGCAGGGUGUAAUGGAAGAUGAUAAUGGAGAAUCCGUUUGAUGUUUGCUUGUAUAGAGUCUUAAAAGAAUUCUCUUGAGAUCUUGCUUUAGUCUGUAAUCAGUAUACUAAUUCAGAGCUUCAUGGAGGGUAUGGUAAUAAACAUGGUGUGGUACGGAAAAAAAGGAGGUGGCUGGAGAGACACCUUCUUAGAAGGGACCAGUGCGGUGGCAAAUUCAGUAGUAAUUCAGAUAAAUGGACUAAAGCAAUGAGGGCAAGUACAGGGAGUGAUUCAGAAGUUAUUUCUGAGACAGCAUAACAGGAAUUGGUGGCCAGUGUGACAACGACAUAUAAGUUUUGUUUUGGCUUCGUCCUCUGACCUUUUCACAGCAACCUCCAGUAACCUACAAUCCAGGUAACAUCUCUAUUCUUAAUUUAUUGUGUAAUAGUGACUGCUAGAUGAGAAACAGAAUAAGGGAAAAUUCAGUCUGGAAGGGAGAAGGACUUCCAUUUUAGAGUUGUGUAGUUUGAGGAGCUGUGAGACUGGAGCAGGCAGUAUGUUUUGAUGCUGUGUUAAUAAAAUCUUUUGAGUUUAGUGGGUACUUAGUGAAGAGUCCAUCUCCAAGCCCAAACCCCAAAUAUAAUCGAAAUUGUAAGUUUUACUUAAUCCAUUCAAAAAUUUGAAAUGCAUAUAUUUAUUAAUGUUUGCCAUGUGAGGAUCAUAUUAUAAAUACUGUUCAUCCUUUUGAAGUCACUUAAAAAAUACUGGUAAUUCUAUAAUUGGCUUUUUAAUGGCUAUAAACCGUUCUGUUGAAGGAAUGUGUUUAAUUUACCAAACUAUUCACCUGCUGAUUGUACAUUCAAGUUAUUCCUAGUUUUUAAAAAAUUUACCAAAAUUUCCGUGGUUAAUAUAAAGUUUUUAACAAAGAUUCUUAGCAUUGGAAUUUCUACAUCGAGAAUGAAAAAUUUAAAUUAUAUAGAUAAUUCUAAUAAAUUGCUCUCUAGAAAGAAUAUAUAGAUAAUAUCCUCUACUACUCCUUUGCCUGCAUAAAAUAGUGGCUAAUAUUUCUUAAGUGUGUUUAUUUUAUUUGGGAAUGAUGCCAAACAAUAUAACAGCACAGCUCACCAUUUAAUUACUCUGAAAUGCCCUUCGUUUUUUAAGGAAACAUUUGCAUACAUUUGAAGCCUCAUCCCUCACCCUUCCCUACCAGAGGCAGCCACAUUCCCAGGCCCCUAUGGGCAUCGGUGUUCACAGAGCCCCGCUCUCAGCAUCGGCCCCGCCCCUUCAACAGGUCUCAGACCAGCCGUACUCAUUCCCAUCCCCGCUUUAACUGUUUCCCAACUUUCACCAGCACUCGAAGUUUCCGUGUUUUGUCCAUGACCUGACCGCCGCCUUUACAACGUGUCUCAACUCCUACAAACUUCGUUGACAGUCCCAAGUUUCCUCCUAACACUAGCUCCUCGGGUCUCUGCCGAACGGAACUGCACUUCCUGUAAGAUGGCCGCCCCCUUGGUGCUCCUCCGUCGUGGCUCACGGGCGCCGCCAUCUCUCUCGUUUUGCCCAAAAGACAAAAUAGAAUCCAGCUCGCGCCGCCACGGCCUUGGAUAGGGCCCAGCCUCUCAAAAAUUAUUCAGCCUAGUGCUUCUGACCGACAACGAGGAGGGAAAGGGAAGGAGGUGUCCAAAAGUGAUUUCAAUUCUUCCCUCUCUGAGCCGUAGCCUCCAUCAUGACAGUUUCCUCCCCGAUCGCUGAGAUGGGCGUGGCCACGUUACGUCAUAGAGCUGGUCGUGGGGCCCGAACUCCAUCCAACACGCCGAAAGGCUCUGAGGUCGGGCAGGGCCGGAGGCGUCCCUAGCGACAGCCAGCGAGGGGAUUUGGGCGCCACAGCGGAGGAGUGGGAAUCAUUUUGGAAGUGAAUUCAGUCUUCAGCAGCUGGCGGGAACCUUGAGAAUCUCAGCAGCAGGUUCAUGCUACACAAGUGAAAACAUCUCUGUUACCCGAAACGCUGAUCUCCAGUGCAAACCAUUGUUCCUUAGAAUCAAGUGAAGUAAGGAGAAGGAAGUUCCAGAACCAGGAAAGCGUCACUUCUGGGGAUGCCAUUAAUUUGAGAUGUGAGAGCUGUGACCAGAAUUUGCGUGACAAUCUAGAAAAGUAAAAAAAGAAGAAUCCCAGUUCCAGUCAUUUUCUAAGAACAGAAGAAAAUGCCCAAGGCCCAGGGUGCAGUGGCCUCAACGGCAGCCUUCUGGUAUAUGCAAGAAGAGGUUCCCAUUUCUCUGUUUCACGAAUCAUUAUUAUUUGAAGAUGUAGCUGUGGAGUUCACCCGGGAGGAGUGGAGGCUACUAGACCCUGCUCAGAAGGACCUGUACCAGAAUGUGAUGCUAGAAAACUAUAGCAACCUGCUGUCCGUGGGGUAUCAAAGUCCCAAACCAAUUCAAAUCUUCAGGUUGAAGCAAAGAGACAAACCAUGGUUAGAAAAGGAAAAUAUCCACGGUCAGAACUUUCCAGAAGUUGGAGAAAUUGGUGAUCAUAUGCAGUGGUCUUUGGAAAUCCAAAACAAGCGUAAAAAUAUGGAAAGAGGCCGUGAACACAGUUCAUCGGGAAAUGUGUUUCAUCUGCGCAGAAAUCUUGUUACUUUAAGGCAAAGCCAUGAUAAGUUUGAUGUACUGAACUCUAAUUUAGAUUUAGUUAACCAGAAUAAAAGCUGUGUAGCGAAGAAUCCUGACAAGUUUAAUAAAUAUGAGAAAUCGUUUCUUCGUACUAAGCAUGAAAAACGUUACACUGGAGUUAAAUGCAAUAAAUAUGGAAACACCAUCUGCACCAAUUCGAAACUCAGUAUACAUCAAACUGAAAAACGAAAGAAACAUGAGUGUAUUGAAUGUGGUAAAACCUUCAUCAAAAAGUCUCAACUCACUGUACAUCAGAGAACUCAUACAGGAGAGAAACCAUAUAAAUGCCUUAAAUGUGGUAAAGCCUUCUGUAGGAAAGCAGAGCUCAAUAUACAUAUGCAAGUGGAAAGAGGAAUAAAACCCCAUGCAUGUAGUGAGUGUGGGAAAACCUUCUCCAGGAAAUCUCAGCUCCUUGUACAUCAGAAAACUCAUACGGGAGAGAAACCCUAUACAUGCAGUGAAUGUGGAAGAGGCUUCAUCCAGAAGGGUAAUUUUCUUAUACAUCAGCGAAUUCAUACUGGAGAGAAGCCCUAUGGAUGCAAGGAAUGUGGUAAAGCCUUCAGUCAUAAGCCAUGUCUCGUUGCACAUCAGGUAUUUCACACUGGAAAUCCUCCCUAUGUAUGCAGUGAAUGUGGAAGAGCUUACUUUCAAAAGUCGAGUCUCAUUAGACAUCAAAGAGGUCAUACAGAAGAGAAACGCUAUAAAUGCAACGUAUGUGGGAAAGGCUACUCCACUAAGUCAAUACUCAGUAGACAUCAGAGAGUUCAUACAGGAGAGAAACCCCAUGGAUGCAGCAAUUGUGGGAAAGCCUUCUGCCACAAGUCCUCCCUCACUAAACAUAAGAAAACUCAUAUGAAAGAGAAAUAUGUGGAUUCAGUCAAGAUGGAGAAUGAUUUUCUUGGGAACCACAGCUCAUUAUGCACCACAGAACCCGUACAGGAAAAAAACUCUGUUGAAACAAUGACAGUGCAAGGGCCUUCUGUGGCCAUGCAGACAUCAUUAAAUAUCAGUGGGUUCCUAGCCCAAGGGAAUGUAGUCCUUGUGGGACAGCCUGUUGCCAGAUGUGUACCCUCAGGUAAUAACAGAGAAUUUGUACAGGAGAGAAACCUCAUGAAUGCAGUAAAUGUGGUAGUGCCUUCAGUUACCAAUUAUGUCUUAUUUUAUGUCACAGGAAAUGUGUAGGGAAGAUUUGGUACGUUCAGUGUGGAAAAGCUUGUAGAUCAAAGUUUUAGCUUUUUAUAUAGUUGAAAACUUUCACUGAGAGAAUGCUAAUGAAUGUAGUGAUAAUGGGAAGAUACACCUCAUUAAGUAUCAAUGGCUCUAAGUAGGUUGAAUUGUAACGAGCUUGACUUCAAAAUCAUCAAUAAAUUCACAUCAGAAAAAAAUUUUAGGAAGGCAGUUGUAUCAAGUCCCUAAGACCACCCUCACAUUUGAUUAUUCUCUAAAAGCAGUCACUAAACUCAUAAAAGCUGCUGUACUUACUGUUACAGUUUAUGACAGUGAAGAGUUACAAAUUAAAAUUAACAAAUGUAAAAGGUGCAUGAGGCAGACUUUAGGAGAAACCAGGUGCAUCCACUUGUACUCGCAGUGGAGUUGUAUGGACAGUGUUUAAUUCUUCCAGCAAUGACCUGACAACACAUAUGGCAUAGUGCCAACCAGAGAAACUCACCUGAGCCUUAGUGCCAGGGGGUGGGAGGGGCAGUAAAGGGGUUAGUUAUGGAGGCAUGGAGAAACCACAUGACUGACCUUAACUUCUCAAACUCCAGCCUCCUAAGGAUCAAACUGAUACACAAUGGCCCAGAGCCCCAGGCAAACAAAAGCAGGCGUUCACCAAAAAUCAUAUUGCUAAUGUAAACUAUAUGGCAUGGCCGAAACCCCAGGUGUACAAAGAUGCUCCUGGCAGGCAGGAUAUUCCAAGGGCUUAGAGGUUCCUUCUCAGGUGCCAGUCAAGGGUCAUUCCUUCCAUUGGAACGUGCAGGGUCUGAACACCCCAAACUUGCCGAGUCAGCCCCUAAUUUGCACAGCAGUGAAUAGGACAAGGUUUUCAGUAACAUGGUUCCUCAUCAUGUGUCGGAAAUAAGGAACGGCUAUGGAUACACCAAAUGUGUUGAACCUUUAGCAGAAUGGCAGAGAUCUCACAAAGGAGAUAAGCUGGUGAUUGCAAUGGAAAUUUGGAAACUUGUUGACGUAAGUCUACCGUCGUUUUGCAUCAGAUUAACACCCUUAAUGUGUAUUUUUUUUUUUUUUUUUUUU